GUUCUCUGUCGUCAUUCCUUAUCAAAGACGAAAAAAAGGCGAAAGACGUCAGUUUUGCCCACAGCCCACAGUCCGCGGCACCACAUUCCACAAUGGCCCUCAAUAUCGAGUCGCUGCCAACGCUGCCGUCGCAGUCGCAAUCGCAGUCGCAGUCGCAGUCGCCCUUAGGAUUUUUAACAGCCAAUCCUUUAGCUAAUGCCAUAUCCGAUGCAUACAAUUCAUUCUCUGAGCGACGAGCCAAGCUCGGCUUGUCCAACCCCGGUAGUGUCGAGACGAUCGCAAAGGAAGUGCAGCGUGAAGUUUCCCUCAACAAUUACAUGCAUUCGGGUAUAAGGGCAGAUCUCACGAAGGUUGUCAGCCUAUCGCCGUUAUUUCAGGUCUCCCAUCAACUCGCAAUGGGCGAACAUCAGAAUCCCUAUGCCUUUGCGGGGCUCUUUGGUACCAACAAGGUCUUCCUGCAAGGAAACAUAGACAAUUCUGGGUUGCUAUCUACGAGAUUCAACUACCGAUGGAACUCUUCACUAGUCACCAAGUCUCAGUGCCAGAUAGGCGCUCAGGAUAUGGCCUCAAUCGAGCAUGAGUAUACUGGAAGCGACUUCACUUCUUCUGUUAAGAUGUUGAACCCUUCUUAUCUCGAAGGCGGAUUGACUGGUAUAUAUAUUCUUAGUCACCUUCAGUCUGUUACCCGUAAACUUGCGCUCGGUAUCGAGGCGGUCUGGCAACGAGCUGCACUCAACCAACCGCCUGAGUCUGCCUUGUCGUACUGCGCAAAGUAUAAGUCAGAUGAUUGGAUUGCGACUGCACAGCUGCAUGCUCAAGGCGCUUUAAACACAACGUACUGGCGAAAGCUGUCGGAUAAGGUCCAGGCUGGCGUCGAUAUGACUCUUCAAGUCUCUCCCGGCCCCGGAGGCGUGAUGGGAGGUGGUCUACAGAAAGAGGGCGUUACAGCUGUCGGCGUGAAGUACGAUUUCCGCAUGUCAACAUUCCGAGCCCAACUCGAUUCUAAGGGAAAGCUGGGUUGUAUACUAGAGAAGCGCGUGGCACCACCUGUCAUGAUGUCAUUCUGCGCCGACGUAGAUCACUAUACCCGAAACGCCAAGGUCGGCCUCGGAAUUACUAUCGAGAGUGGUGGCGACGAGCUACAGGAGCAACAAGAAGCUCUUGGCCCUCAGGCGUCACCUAAUAUCCCCUUUUAAGCCACCAUCUCUGUCACAUUUGGAUGACUUUCUCAGCAUAGAAGCUCCCCCCUCUCGCCACCGCCUCCUUAAUACACGAUCUCAGUAAUCUGGUGCCAGAAUUCCAGCAAUAGUUGCCGGACUGGUGUGCCGGAGACCUCA